AUGACCCUGCAAAUAGGCCUAUUUGCAUCCGUGAUGGCAGAAACCACCGUUCCUGAUUUCCCUGGACGGAUUUCUUGGAAAAGCGCCCUCUGCCUUAAGAAGAUUGUAACGAAGUUUGAGGAAAUGGAUCUUGUGGAGAAGGUGUACAAUACCCAAUUCCGAUAUAUAGUCUCUGCCCCAGUGUUGCAGUUCUCAGGAACUAUUGAGGAUUAUGAUGAUGAAGAGGAGGGAAGUGAACCUGAGGAUGAACAUGAAGAACCUACUUCCAAACCAAACACCCGGAAGAGAAAGGCUGCGCUUAAUCUCAAAGAAGCCGUAAACCUGAAGAGGAAGCUUGCUUAUGAAUCUAGUCCUGCCCACAUUCCUAGCCCUCCAUCCGCUACUAGUCCUGGAUUACCUCCAACAUCUUCUGUUGGAUGUAAAUGUGAAGAGCUGAAAGAGGAGGUAAAAGCGCUGAAGGAGGAACUCAUCAAAGAGGUGAAGGAGGAGCUCAAAGAGAUGAAAACAGCUUACGAAGAAACUCAAACAAAUCACAAGGCUUAUAUGAAAAAGUUGGUUGUUAGUAUGUGCGAACAGUUAUUAGCCAAAUCCAACCAAAGGAUGGCCACGUUAAUUGUCAAAUUAGAUAGUAUGGAGGAGGAGAGGAAGAAGAAGAAGAAGAAGAGCAAAUUGGAAAAGAAGGGCAAGACUGAGGAUGGGAAGGUGGAGGAGAUGAUAACGAAUGAGAUGGAGAUGACGGAUCGGAAGGUGGAGGAUAAAACUGAGAGUGUCAAUGUGAAGGUGGAUGGUGGGGAGAUUGAGAACGAUGUGAAGGUGGACGAUGUGAAGGUGGAUGGUGUGAAGGUGGAGGAUAAAACUGAGAGUGUUAAUGUGAAGGAGGAUGGUGGGGAGAUUGAGACUCAUGUGAAGGUGGAUGGUGGUGAGACUGAGAAUGAUGUGGAGGAUAAAACUGAGAGUGUUAAUGUGAAGGAGGAUGGUGGGGAGAUUGAGACUCAUGUGAAGGUGGAUGGUGGUGAGACUGAGAAUGAUGUUGAGAAGGUUGAGAAGAAAGCCAAGGUUGGGAAGGUUAAACUCAAGGUUGGGAAGGUGGAGAAGAAAGUCAAGGUUGAGAAGGAUGCCACGGAUGGGAAGGAUGAGAACGAUGGGAAGGAUGGGAAGGAUUCGAGGGCUGGGAAUGAUGAGAACGAUGAUGAUGACUUCCAAUUAUACAACACUCCACCUAAAGGAGUACUUCCCAAAAAAAGAGUGAGGAAGCAGAAGAAAGAUGAAGACUACACCAACCCUUCUUUGUCAAAACAGCCAAAGACGAAUGAUCCAUUAACUAUCAAUCCCCUUCAAAAAUUUGAUGAUGAGUUGUUGGUUCAAUUACAGAAUUGGUUGAAAGAUGAAGCUACCAAUGAUGAGACAAAGACUGUGUUUACUUGCGAAGCACGAAAGAAGUUGUUUGUUAGAGUUCUAACAAAGUCCACAUGGCUUAAAGAUCCUGAAAUCGACGCAGUGUGCCACUUGUUGCGCAAAAGGAUUGAGCAAUAUCCCAAGACAUAUAAACAUUGUAAAGUAUCAAUAGGGGAUUGCUUAUUAGCAGAUAUGAUGAGGCGAGAGUACCCGAACUAUAAACAAGAUCCUGAAAAUUUUCCAAUAGCAGACGUCUUUUCUCAGUACUUCUGGGGAGCGCCUCAUAGACAUAUGCCAGAAUGGCCACACGUAGACGAUAUUUACGUGCCUUUGAACAUUGGCAACAAGCAUUGGGUACUGUGCGUCGUUCGUGUACAAGAUAAUCACAUUGACGUUUAUGACUGCGACUCGAGUAUUUAUAGGAAUCUCGAUCCAUACAUGAGACCUUUGUGUGAGAUGUUUCCACGAAUAUAUGCAAUGGGAGCCAGUGAUGCUGAGCUAAAACGGUAUCCUAAUUUCAAUUUCCAGAAACUGACAUAUAAAAGGUUGCCACACCCAGCCAAAAAUGCAGUCGCCAAAUAUGGGGAAGUCCCUAGAGCAGAUGAAAGUGGGGAUUGUGGUGUAUUUAUGCUUAUGCACAUGGAAUACUUGACUGCUGGUUUAGGUGUAGAGAAGAACUUGACUUGUGCUUAUGUAUUCUGA